UAUCCUUCUUCCAGGGUCAUCCAGGAAGCCCUCCCUGAUAACCCAGCAAAGACCUAUCUUGGCAUCUGGAGAGAAGCUGACCCUCCAGUGUUACUCAAACAUGAGUUAUGAUAGAUUUGCUCUUUCCAAGGAGGGUGGAAGUGACAUCCCACAGAUGUCUGCUAAUUUUACCCAGACUGGAGAGUCUCAUGCAAACUUCACCUUACACUCUGUGAAUUUCACCAAUGGUGGCCGGUAUAGAUGCCAUGGUUCAUACCACAUCUCUUCUGAGUGGUCAGGCCCCAGUGACCCCCUGGAUAUCCUGAUCACAGGACAACUCUUUGUCACACCCAACCUCUCAGUGCAUCCAGGUGCCACCGUGUCCUCAGGAGAGAAAGUGACCCUGUUGUGUAAAUCGUCAAUCCCAGUGGACAGCUUCCUUCUGUUCAAGGAGGGUACAUUCCAUUCCCACAUGCGUCAAAUAUCAAAGCUCCAAGAUUCACAAUAUCAGGCAGAAUUCUCCAUGAGUGCUGUGACCCCAUCACUUGGGGGUACCUAUAUGUGCUUUGGUUAUCAAAGCUCAUCACCAUACCUGUUGUCACAACCCAGUGCCCCUGUGGAGAUCAUAGUCUCAGGACUAGCAAGAUACCAGAAGAUUUUGAUUGGAGUUUCUGUGGGAUUCCUCCUGCUGCUCUUCCUUCUUGCCCUACUCCUUCUGCUCAGACUCAGGCACCAGAAAAAAUGCAGCAAGGGACGUGAGUAGAGUGUGGGUGGUCAUGUUCUCAGGGGGUACUACAUCCCCUUUUGGCUACCCAAGAGGGGACUAGGCAAGCCAGCCCUGUGGAAAGCCCAGACGGGGAGACAUCACUUUAGAAACACUUCUGUGAA